AUGGUUCCGUACACGCCUGCGUACGCCCAGGGCGGGCGGGUGGACGCGAACGCUCGACACGAGUUCACCGUGAACAUGAUCGUGUCGGUGCGCAAGUAUCGGUGGCAGUGCAUCGAGUGCAAGUGCUGCUCCGUCUGCGGGACCAGCGACAAUGACGACCAGCUGCUGUUCUGCGACGACUGCGACCGCGGCUACCACAUGUACUGCCUGGCGCCGCCGCUGCAGGCGCCCCCAGAGGGCUCCUGGUCCUGCGCCCUCUGCAUACACCAGUUCCACACGGAGCAC